GUCGGGGUGGGCGGCGGGGCGGGGCGGGGCAUGGUAACGGCUCGGAAGCCGAGAGGGCCGGGCCGCAGAGGCGGGGAAACCGGUGUCCGCUGCCGCCGCUCCUGCCUGCUCCGCGCCGGCCCCGCCGCGGCCAUGAUGAUCCACGGCUUCCAGAGCAGCCACCGGGACUUCUCCUUCGGGCCCUGGAAGCUGACGGCCACCAAGACCCACAUCAUGAAGUCGGCGGAUGUGGAGAAGUUAGCUGAUGAAUUGCAUAUGCCAUCCCUCCCCGAAAUGAUGUUUGGAGACAACGUUUUAAGAAUCCAGCAUGGCUCUGGCUUUGGGAUUGAGUUCAAUGCUACAGAUGCUUUAAGAUGUGUCAACAACUACCAGGGAAUGCUCAAAGUAGCCUGUGCGGAGGAGUGGCAGGAGAGCAGGACGGAGGGUGAGCACUCCAAGGAAGUCAUUAAACCAUACGAUUGGACCUUUACAACAGACUAUAAGGGAACGUUACUUGGAGAAGCCCUCAAGUUAAAGGUUGUGCCUACAACAGAUCAUAUAGAUACAGAGAAAUUGAAAGCCAGAGAGCAGAUUAAGUUUUUUGAAGAAGUUCUACUGUUUGAAGAUGAACUUCAUGAUCAUGGAGUUUCAAGCCUAAGUGUGAAAAUUAGAGUAAUGCCUUCCAGCUUUUUUCUGCUAUUGCGGUUUUUCUUGAGAAUUGAUGGAGUGCUUAUCAGAAUGAAUGACACGAGACUUUACCACGAGGCCGACAAGACCUACAUGUUACGAGAAUAUACGUCACGAGAGAGCAGAAUUGCUAAUUUAAUGCAUGUCCCGCCUUCCCUCUUCACGGAACCUAAUGAAAUGUCACAGUACUUACCGAUCAAGGAGACAGUCUGUGAGAAGCUAAUAUUUCCAGAAAGAAUUGAUCAGAACCCCUCAGACUCACAAGCAAACGCGCCUGUGGAAUAGAAUGUGACACACCAGAUCCUCACCGUGGAAUCUGAUGGAGACCGUGGCUACGUGGAUGUGGGUUUUUUUAUUAUGAGAAUUAAUUGCCUUGUCUAUGUGCAGAUUUUCUGUAGACUUUAAAGGAAAAGAAAAAAAGAUUGUUGCAGAUAGAUUCCACUCAACUACUGUUUAUACUGUCUAGCUUCAGGUUCAUAGUCCAGAUUUGUUUCCUGGCGUUAACUUGCACUUCUAACUUGUCACAGUGGGAUGUCGUCAGGAGGGAUGUGUACAUGUCUCAUGAGUAGUGGGCAUACUCUGUAUCCUUUGGGGAACACUGUCUUCCCCUGGGAGGCGGUCGCUCUAAAUCCCUGGAUCGCAGCACUGCGACACGGGCUGCUGUCAGCAUGUUGUCAGCCUUCCACCUGGGCUUUGUGGCGUUUUUUCCCCCUGCUGCAUAGUCAUGGCUUGCCUCCCAGGAAAUUGACCUCAUACUUUAAUGAUCUUCACCCCAAAAUUAAAGAAAUAUACAUUUCCGCUCUAAAUUUAAAGUGACUCUUGAAGUUUAAAAACAUUUCAGACAUAGAACCAAGUAACCUGGUCUUUUGGAGAGUGUGAGCUGUUGUGCCCCUGGAAACACAGAGCCUGGUUGGCAUUAACAGCAGAACGCAGAGCUGUCUGUCCAUCUUCGGGUGCUAUUGCCUGUGCGCUUCUGCUAGUACUGACAUUUUCACUUCCAUCUUCCACGCAACCGCCGAUGGGAGAGAAUCCAUGUGGAUCGUGGUUAGCACAUAUUACAUCAACCCCUACCAACCAGAUUAAUUUCUGCUUAAAAUAUUUGAGAGGUAGCUGUGGAGGAGGAGGAGGCGGCUAAUUUUUAAAUAUCAAAGCCAGUUUUUCGGUUUUAAGAUUCAUGUUGUUAACAUUACAGGGAAUCCAGUAAAGUGUAAUUAGUACAAGACCUGGGUAGUCAGUCCAGAAAGUACUCCAAAGUACAUUUAAAGUCCAUUUGGUUAUUCGAUGAUGACCUUUUAAACAUACUGUAUAUCCGUUCCUGCCUUUCUCAAUGAUCUUCCGAAAGUGGAAAGUGGUUAUACAGCACCAAGUAAGGACUUACCUAAAAUGGGUUUUUAAAAUGACUUUUUUACAGGGCAAGGGAGAAAACAUCAUCCCCUUUUCUCCUGGUUUGAAAUAACUGUUGUACAUAUUUCCACUUGAUGGAUAAAUCAUUAAAUAAGAAUGUUUAAAUAAAAGUAUUAGCAAAGCUCUUCAGGUAUUAUUAGCCUGAUGAUAAGUUUUAGUGAACAUUCAUUCAUUGGUCGAACUCUGGUGCACUCCUGUGUGUAUUGUGUUUUCACUAAUUGUAUUACCUAAUUUUGGUCUCAAAUGGCUUUGGUAUUUGUUUGCCAUCUGUUGCAUCACCUGUGACAUAUAGGAAAUCAAGAUUUUGUUGACUUUACAAAAACACAUGGCAUGUUCACUGUGUAUUAAAUAUGCCUGAAUUUCAUGUUUUCUCUUAGGCCAGGAAAGUAAACAUAUUGUACUCAGCUUUCUGUGUUAUUUUAUUUGCCAUGCAGAUUUGAACAGAACAGCCUCUUUUUCAUACAAAUAGUAAGAAAUGAAAAACCUCUAAGAAUAUUCACUGGUCGAAAUUUCUGGGCAGUAUCAUAUAUAUCUUUUAAAACUUGAUUCAGACGUCUUGCUCCUUGAGUCAUUCUUAGGUUGCUUAUUUUGCUUCAUUUUAAACAUUGCAGGGAAUUAAAAGAACUGGCCUUGUUUAUAGAAGGUGAGUUGUGCAUAGGAAAAUGUACUUCUGAAAACUCAUGAGUUUAUUCCUGCAAAGAACACCAAGAAAACCUGUAUUUGCCCAUUGCUAAAUAAGACAUAUACCAUUCUACAUUCAUUUGUCCCAAGUGUCUUUUUGUAAGAGGAGAAUAAACAAGGAAUUAUUGAUCUGUUUUGCUAUUUCAUUUACUUAAGUUUUUCUUAAAGCUAAUUAAAGAAUGGUUUGGUAUACCUUU